AACUGGACCAUUACAGCAUCGAAUCAGAGGAUGGAAAAGUUUCGCCCAGUACUGGAUUUCAUUGUCAAUCACCAGAAGGUCUUGGGCUAUGGGGUAGUGUCUCUGCUGACUGCAGGUAGCGAGCGUAUCUUUUCUGUGGUGGUGUUCAAAUGCCCGUGCAACUCCUGGAAUACGCUUUAUGGUGGUAUAUUUCUGCUGAUGCCAGCCUUUAUUCUGUUUCUGCUGGGCUUGCUCCUGAGUGUACGUUCUUGGAAGGUGCUCACUGGAUGUUGCUCCAAAGGCAGGCCAUGUAGAUGUCCUCGUGGGAAUCGCCUCCAGCGCCACUUACAAGUGAUGGGACUUGCAAUACUCAGUGCUGCCGUGGCUCCUCUCACAUGGGUUUCUGUGGCCUUACUGGGAGGAAGUUUCUAUGAAUGUACUGCUACUGGGAGCCCCAUCCUACAGAAAUAUGUGUGCAAAGGCAGAAGGGAAGAGGAAUGCUUGAAAAUUCUGGUUAAAGUGCCUUGUCUCAGCCCUGUCUCUCCUUCUUCUGAACUGGAGAUACAAGCAACCCUUCGAGCUCAAUCACAGGUGUUUGGAUGGAUUUUGAUUGCCAGCGUCUUCACAGUGGCCCUUCUUACCACCUGCAUUGCUCGCUGCCGUUCUCCAGUCAGCGUUCUUCAGCUUGCAUUCUGGAAAGUCUACCUGCAGAAGGAGCAAGAACUUUUUGAAACCAUGGCCAAAGAACACGCAUCAAAGUUAGCAGAGAGGAAUCUUAAAAGUUUCUUUGAUUCCACGGAGCUGGGACCAUUUCAUACCCCAAGUGCCAAAGCCUGGGAUAACAUUUCCUCCUUGUUUGCCUUUAAUCCUAAAGACAAUUGCUACAGUAUGAUACAUAAAUAUGUCAGUCAAAAAUCUCAAAGUGGCAGCAUUAAGUCUGCUGAAGGAGAUAUAUACCCCAGUUGUUUGCAAUUUGUAGAUGGUGCAAAUGUUGAAGUCCAAAUUUUGUAACAACUGUAACCUGAGAAAAUGGCUCAAACAAGAGCCUUCCUAGCCUCAUGAAGGGGGAAGGGGGAAAUCUAUUUGCUUGUAAGAUUUUGUUAUUCGAACCUUCUAAUAAAAGUAGCAUUAGCUUCUAACAAAAGUAGUAUUUAGCUUUCAUAAUUUUGGUUUCCCAGUCUUGGAGGGCCGACAAGUGUCCCAGUCUUGAAGGGCCGACAAGUAUCAAGGCUUGUUAAUAGCUACAUUAUGCAUUAUUUCAUUACUUCAUUAUAUGGAGCGUUCAUGAUUCUUGUGCCCCCCCCCCCCAUGUGCUGUUCAUGAUUCCUGUUGUCAAGUUUUCAUUUAAUAAGUAAAAUGUCUGCUCUAUCAUGAAUU